UUAUAUCUUGUAGUCAUGGGUAUUUUUUGCUUGGCACCGAAAAUAAUUUUUAGUCGUGUUAACCGCUUGAUUUUACUCCUUUUCUUGCGAAGAAUAAUUUUCUUGCUGAACUGCCUAUUAUUAAGAAAUGUCUUUGCUGCAGAGUUCUGGAAGCAAGUUCCUUCAAAUGAACCUUAUCGUGUCAUACUCGGUGAUGUCAGGGAUAAAUUGUAUUAUACGCGCGAACGUUCUCGCCAUAUAUUGACAACUGGAGUUUCUGACAUUCCUGAGGAGUCUACUUUUACUAAUGUCGAGAUGUUUCUCGAGCCUCUUGAGCUAUGCUACAGAUCUUUGUGUGCUUGUGGUGACAAACCUAUAGCUGAUGGAAGCCUUCUUGAUUUCUUACGUCAAGUAUCAACUUUUGGGCUUGCUCUUGUGAAACUUGAUAUCAGGCAGGAAUCUGAUCGACACACUGAUGUCCUUGAUACUAUAACAACACAUCUUGGGAUUGGAUCCUACGCUGAAUGGUCUGAGGAGAAACGCCAGGAGUGGCUGUUGUCCGAACUAAGGGGCAAACGCCCAUUGUUCGGUUCAGAUCUUCCUCAGACUGAAGAAGUUGCUGAUGUUUUAAGCACAUUUCAUAUCCUUGCUGAGCUUCCAGCAGAUUGUUUUGGUGCUUAUAUCAUCUCAAUGGCAACUGCCCCGUCCGAUGUGCUUGCUGUUGAGCUUUUACAGCGUGAGUGCCAUAUAAAAAAGCCAUUGAGAGUUGUUCCACUAUUUGAGAAGCUUGCAGAUCUUGAAGCAGCUCCAGCAGCGGUUGCACGCCUAUUUUCAAUAGACUGGUAUAUGGAUAGGAUCAAUGGCAAGCAGGAGGUCAUGAUUGGAUACUCAGACUCUGGCAAGGAUGCUGGGCGUCUCUCUGCAGCGUGGCAAAUGUAUAAAGCACAGGAAGAGCUCAUAAAGGUUGCAAAGCAUUACGGAGUAAAGUUGACAAUGUUUCAUGGAAGAGGUGGAACGGUUGGCAGAGGAGGGGGUCCCAGUCAUCUUGCCAUAUUAUCUCAACCACCAGACACAAUACAUGGAUCACUCCGUGUAACGGUUCAAGGCGAGGUCAUAGAGCACUCAUUUGGAGAGGAACACUUGUGCUUUAGAACUCUGCAGCGCUUCACUGCAGCUACUCUCGAGCAUGGAAUGCAUCCCCCAAUUUCACCCAAGCCAGAAUGGCGUGCUCUAAUGGAUGAGAUGGCUGUUGUGGCAACAAAAGAGUAUCAAUCAAUAGUCUUCCAAGAACCACGCUUUGUUGAAUACUUCCGCUCGGCAACACCUGAGACUGAAUAUGGUCGGAUGAAUAUUGGCAGCCGGCCAUCGAAGAGAAAGCCUAGUGGGGGCAUAGAAUCACUCCGUGCAAUUCCAUGGAUCUUUGCUUGGACACAGACAAGGUUUCAUCUUCCUGUAUGGCUUGGAUUUGGUGCAGCAUUUAAACAUAUCAUUCAGAAGGACAUCAGGAACAUCCAUACUCUGAAAGAAAUGUACAAUGAGUGGCCAUUCUUCAGGGUCACCCUUGACUUACUUGAGAUGGUUUUUGCCAAGGGAGAUCCAGGAAUUGCUGCUUUAUAUGACAAAUUGCUUGUGGCUGAAGAUCUGCAGUCCUUUGGGGAACAGUUGAGGCAAAACUUUGAAGAGACAAAACAGUUACUCCUUCAGGUUGCUGGUCACAAGGACGUUCUUGAAGGGGAUCCUUACCUAAAGCAGCGUCUGCGGUUGCGUGAGUCCUACAUCACAACCUUGAAUGUUUGCCAAGCCUACACCCUGAAGCGGAUAAGAGACCCCAGCUUUGAGGUGACGCCACAGCAGCCGCCCCUGUCCAAGGAGUUCAGCGACAAGGAGCCCGCCGAGCUGGUGCAACUGAACCGUGGGAGCGAGUAUGCCCCAGGCCUGGAGGACACCCUCAUCCUGACUAUGAAGGGCAUUGCUGCUGGCAUGCAGAACACAGGCUAGGCCAGUAUGCCGCUUGUUGUAUAAAUAACGUCUUCCGCCAUAUGGUGAAUAUGUUUAGCUAGGUCGCCAAUGCUAGUGAACUCUGGAGGAAUUUGGCACUUCCGUGCCUUUGCUUAUGUACCCGAUCCAAAAAGGGGAAUGUAUGCCUGUGGCGAAUAAAAUAUGGAGUAGUGAUAUUCUGCUUUUGUCUAA